AUGGCCGAAGCAGAUAAAGCUCCUGCGAGGAAGCGCCGCAUUGGCGUCAUGACCAGCGGAGGUGACUCUCCCGGCAUGAACGGUGCUGUUCGUGCUGUGGUUCGAAUGUCGAUCCACAUGGGCUGCGAGGCAUACGCAGUCUACGAGGGCUACGAAGGUCUAGUACAAGGUGGAGAUCUGAUCAAAGAAAUGAAAUGGGACGAUGUCAGAGGCUGGCUGUCACGAGGUGGUACGCUCAUUGGCACCGCAAGAUGUAUGCCCUUCAAGGAACGAUGGGGAAGACUGAAAGCCGCCAAAAACAUGAUCCUACGCGGAAUCGAUGCUCUGGUCAUCUGCGGCGGCGACGGGAGCUUGACGGGUGCAGAUCUAUUCAGAUCCGAAUGGCCGGGCCUGAUCAAAGAGCUGGUCGACACCAACGAACUGACUCAAGAACAGAUUGAACCCUACAAGCAUCUGAACAUUGUCGGACUGGUGGGCUCCAUUGACAAUGACAUGUCUGGCACCGAUGCCACCAUUGGAUGCUACUCGUCCCUCGAACGGAUCUGUUCCGCCGUCGACGACGUCUUUGACACUGCGGCCUCUCACCAACGGGGUUUCGUGAUUGAGGUCAUGGGUCGACACUGCGGCUGGUUGGCUCUGAUGGCUUCAAUAGCUACAGGAGCUGAUUUUGUCUUUAUUCCGGAGAAGCCGCCACGAGUUGGCUGGGAAGAACAGAUGUGCGACAUCAUCAAGAAGCACAGGUCAAGGGGCAAGAGGCGGUCAAUUGUCAUCAUUGCCGAGGGCGCACAUGACGAGAACUUGAAGAAGAUCACAGCCAACCACGUCAAAGACCUCUUGUCGCACAGGCUCAACCUAGAUACCCGCGUUACCGUCUUGGGUCAUACGCAGCGAGGAGGACAGGCCUGCUUCUACGACCGAUGGUUGUCGACUCUACAAGGUGUGGAGGCUGUGAAUGCUGUCUUGGAAGCAACUCCAGAAACCCCCACCCCGGUCAUCACCAUACGCGAAAACAAGAUCGAAAGAUCAAACCUGAUGGAAGCCGUGGCCUUGACGAAAUCGGUCACUGCCGCCAUUGAAGCCAAAGAUUUCGACAAGGCCAUGCAACUGCGGGAUGUGGAGUUCAAAGAGUACUACAACAGUUACAUGAUCACCACCUCUACAGAUCACCCCAAAUUGCGUCUGCCCGAGGACAAGAGACUGCGAGUCGCUAUCAUUCACGUCGGUGCUCCUGCCGGCGGUAUGAACCCAGCCACCCGAGCAGCUGUGGCUUACUGUCUGACCCGAGGCCAUACACCAAUCGCUAUUCACAACGGUUUCAGUGGGUUGCAACGUCACCAUGCCGAUAAGCCUUUGGGAUCCGUGCGAGAAUGCAAAUGGAUUGAUGUUGAUCCGUGGGUGAACGAGGGUGGUUCAGAGAUUGGCACGAACCGCGGUUUACCCAGCGCUGACAUGAAAACCACGGCCGAGUGCUUCCAAAAAUACCAGUUUGAUGCCAUGCUUCUGAUUGGUGGCUUCGAGGCAUUCACUGCAGCAAGCGAGCUGAGGAAGGCUCGGAAUGAAUACCCAGCAUUUAAGAUCCCGUUGGUCGUCCUGCCUGCCACCGUGUCGAACAAUGUCCCGGGGACGGAAUACUCUCUGGGCAGCGAUACCUGUUUGAACACGCUCAUCAACUUCUGCGACGCCAUCCGUCAGUCGGCCUCAUCGUCGCGACGAAGGGUGUUUGUUAUCGAAACCCAAGGCGGCCGAUCAGGCUAUCUGGCAACCAUGGCCGGUCUUUCCGUGGGCGCACUGGCAGUCUACAUUCCAGAAGAAGGUAUCAACAUCCACAUGAUUGCGCGGGACAUUGAGUUUCUCCGAGAGAAUUUCGCCAACGACCAAGGAGCUUCGCGCGCCGGCAAGAUCAUCCUCCGCAACGAAAAGGCCAGCCAGACGUACACGACACAGAUGAUUGCGGACAUGAUCAAGGAAGAAGCCAAGGGACGGUUCGAGUCUCGCGCAGCUGUGCCUGGACACUAUCAACAGGGUGGCAAACCCUCGCCUAUGGAUCGGAUAAGAGCCCUCCGCAUGGCGAUCAAGUGCAUGCAACACAUUGAAGAUCGGUUUACCGGAAAAUCCAAGGCUGCCAUUUCAGAUGACCCAUUGUCCGUGACCGUGAUUGGCAUCCAGGGGUCCGAAGUCGUCUUUACGCCUCUGGGCGGAGAGACGGGACUCGAGGCCAACGGCACAGACUGGGCCGAUCGCCGGCCCAAGAACGAAUUCUGGAUGCCAAUGAGGGAUACCGUGGAUAUUCUCAGUGGUCGACCCAAAUUGGGCGAUUGCUGCGACGAAUGUGGCAAGCCGUUGUCUGGAAAUGUUUUGAAAAACCUCUCCCUCGCCAAGGACUGA